AUGUCGUUCUCCGGACGUCGCUUGAGCAUUCUGCGUCCCUCCAAUCGGCGGUUCUCCCUUGGAAAGGAAUUGUCCGAGAAUGAACUUCGUUCGGAAACCCAUCGUCAGUUCAGAACCGCCCACGAGGGUCACCGUCCCCAUGCCGGUCUCGAUGCUUCCCGUGCCUCGACGGGUGUCGUCUGGUGUACGGAACGUGCGGUAGAACACGGAUACGCAGAGGAUCCUUCGUCCUGGGCGAACCUGGGCCAGGGUGCCCCCGAAGCCGACGAUGAGAUCGAAGGAAGCUUUCCCCGACCUACCAGUAUCCCCAUCACAUCCGCUGCCCGCGAAUACGGUCCUACCGCUGGUAUCAAACCUCUGCGCGCGGCAGUUGCCAAACUAUACAAUGAGCAUUACCGUCAGGGGAAGGAAAGCCAGUAUACCUGGGAGAAUGUCUGCAUUGUCCCUGGUGGGCGAGCGGGACUGAUUCGAAUUGCGGCCAUCCUGGGCAAUUCGUACCUGUCCUUCCCUAUUCCUGAUUACUCUGCGUACUCGGAGAUGUUGACGCUGUUUAAGAAUAUCGCACCUAUUCCCAUUCCUCUCGCCGAAGACGACCACUACCAUAUCCACCCCAACAAGAUUGCGGAGGAGAUUGCUCGUGGAACUUCCGUCCUCUUGACAUCGAACCCCCGUAACCCUACCGGGCACUUUGUUUCGAAUGAGGAGCUUGCUCAGAUCCAGGACAUUUGCAGAGAUCGUGCAACGCUCAUUCUGGAUGAAUUCUACGGUGGCUACAACUACACGACUGACUGUGAUGGUUCGACGAUCAGCGGUGCCGCCAACGUCGUCGAUGUCAAUCAAGAUGAUGUUCUUCUGAUCGACGGUCUCACCAAGCGUUUCCGUCUCCCCGGCUGGCGUAUCGCCUGGAUCGUCGGUCCCAAGGAGUUCGUUGAUGCACUGGGUUCCGCCGGCUCCUACCUGGACGGUGGUGCGAAUGUGCCAUUCCAGGAGGCAGCCAUCCCUAUGCUCGAGCCUUCCCUCGUGCGCACAGAAAUGAAGGCGCUGCAGCAGCACUUCAGAGAGAAGCGUGACUAUGUCCUAAAGCGACUGCACGAGAUCGGUUUCCGCGUCAAGGAUGUACCCCAGGCCACCUUCUAUAUCUGGCUCGACCUGACGUCCCUCGAACCACCUCUACCCAAGGAGGCCAAUAUUUCCGACGGACUGAACUUCUUCAAUGCCCUUCUGACCGAAAAGGUCAUCGUAGUCCCUGGUAUCUUCUUCGAUUUGAACCCGGCAAAGAGAAGAGAUCUGUUCGACAGCCCUUGCCACCAUUUCGUGCGUUUGAGUUAUGGACCAAAGAUGGAUGUCCUCGAGAAGGGUCUGGAUGGCAUCGAGAGGGUGAUCCGCCGUGCUCGUGGAGAGCCGGUCGAGCCUCGGGCUGACGCCGUUGAUGCUCAGUGGGAGGAUGAGGUUGCCGUCUGCGCAGCGCAGGACUCUGCGCCCAUGACUAUGAUCCUGAACUUGUACCGCGUCCUCAACUAUGCUGCCUUCAUUUUCUUUUCCGUCCUGCUAAUCUGCCUGAUAAUCCUCACACCCGUCGACGCCAUCUACCAAUGCUAUAAAACGCACCGGCUCACAAACAUCUUCUUCAUCACCGGUGCGUAUGUGGUGACAUUCAUCCUCGCAGCGCUCAUAUAUGCGACACGGAUCUACACGAAUCGUACAGCCCUAUCUGCCAUCCCUAAAGCAUGGAUUCCCGUCGAGAAGGAAGAUGUCGGAAAGAGCGUCCGCCGGCUGGUAAUGGAGGGGCUCGCGCGCAGUGCGAUCAUCGCCUACCAGGCGCGACCGAGAGAUAUAGCGGCAGAUGGGGACAAAUUCGCGGACUAUCCGACGCUCCUGGUGGAUCGCGACCGGCCGCCCUGGGGUAAGGUCGAACAUCCAGGAUGGUCGUCUCCUUCGUCGCCCGAUCUACCGGACCUGCCGUAUCGUGCUGUCGUGCAGGAACUACCGCACCUGAUCGAGGCUAAGGCGGUUUCCCUUGCGCCUCCGGAUCCCUUUCUGACGGCAGCCGCCCACCAUCCGUUCGACACCUCCCUUUCCGAUCGUGGACAGUCUGUUCCGGAUACGCGAGUUGUGGAAGUACUACGGAGACCUGCGUCGAUGGGAUUGCGGGAGUAUAUCCAGCAUCUCACGGCAUUGAAGCUGGUCAACCCCCCAGAAAUCGGGGCGGAGUUUCUGGCUCACUACGAACGGGCUCGAUUUUCGUCUCGCGAGCUCCACGAGGGUGAAUUCAGGGAGCUGAUGCAUGUCUUUGCGGACCUCUUGAGAGGGAUGACAUACCUGGAUGCUCGGAUACUGGAUGAAAUCAGAGGAGGAAGUUCUCGCGGUGACAGCGAGUCCCUGAUUGGACCCUCCGAUGAAGAAGGCGAGACGGAUACCAUGGAGUUUCUGGACGACAGCGACGCGCUGUCUCUUCGCCGUAGCAAUAGCUCGCAGCCUUCGGACGUCUCGUCGACCUGGGAAAGCCGCUCGGUGCAUACUGCGCCUACGGCGCCGAGUCGUGGAUCGCCGGUCGCAUCCAGAUAUCACGAUCGGUACCGCACAUUGGCCCCUCCCCGCACGCCGUCGACCCGGUCGCUCAGACGCGUACAGUCGAAUGUCUCUGGCAGUUCAUCGGGGGGCAGUGUUAUUCGCUUGGUUGAUCCACGCGGGCCGUCGGGUCUGCCUUAUGCUUACAACUUGGAUCUGGAUCAAAAUAUUAAUCAGAUCGAAUCAUCCGAAACAAUCGCAUUGUUGCACGUCACCUGCGCACUUCCAUCCAAACCCAGUAUGCAGGCUUUUCUCCGCCGAGGCGCCUCGCUAUUUGGCUCGACGCCAUCCGGCUCCCCCAAGGAGAGCGGGAGUUUCGAUGAAUUCCGCAAGGCGCCCUCGCACGAUGUGCUAUUCCCCAGGGUCGACCCGGCCGUCGAUGGAGAGGACUGCCUCCACGACUGCGCUUCAUGUACGGUGAAGUACCCCGCCAAGUUCGACGUGGACUAUGACGAUGAGCUCUACGGGCACGUCAACGGGUGGGCGACGCAUCUGCUCGUCGCGACGGGGAAGACGGACUGGGUGAGGGAUGUUGCGGAUGAGCCGGGCAGUUUGAUGGAGGCGAUCGAGAAGGGGGGACUCGAGCCGAGCAAUGGGAAUCUGAAGCUGUCUGCAUCCAACAUGCCCGUGCCGGACGAGUACCACCACCACGAGCCCGGAGCGCAGCCGACGGACGUACUGAUCCUGCCGGGCUUCACGGUGGUGGAGCAGGUGACUCCGGCUCUGGCGCCCGACCUGAUCAAGUACUUUGUCAGUCGCGCGCCGACGACGACCACCCCGCUGGGAAGCAUCCCGGAACCCCUGACGAGGACGGACGGCGAGGAGCCGCCCGCUCCGGUGGAGAUCCGCUCGCUGACUCCGCUCCGGUCCCGGCCCUGCGGCCAUGCAGCCGUGAUCCUUCUCUGCUCGCAGCGCACCCGGGACGCGCGGUGCGGGCAGUCCGCCCCGUUACUGCGGCGCGAGUUCGAGCGCCAUCUGCGGCCGCUUGGGCUGUACCGUGACCUGAACGACGAGCGGCCCGGCGGCGUGGGCAUCUACUUCAUCAGCCACGUUGGGGGCCACAAGUACGCGGCGAACGUGAUUGUUUACCGGCGCCGGGACUUUGAGUGGUAUCGGAAGGGGAAAUCGGGGCAGGACGCGGAAGGGACAACGACGGGGGAGGCGGACGAGGGCGCGGCGCAGGGCAUCUGGCUGGCGCGCGUGCGGCCGGAGGACUGCGAGAAUAUCGUCAAGUAUACUGUCCUGCAGGGGAAGGUGGUCAAACCGGGGCUGCAGCUUCGAGGCGGGUUUGAUCGAGAACGGGGGAAGAUUAGCUGGUGA